AUGGUUCGCGUGACUCGGAUAGAUUUUGUCAACAUUGCCAUAAACGAGGUCAUUGGAAGUCUGACUGUUAUAUGCUUAAAUCUAAGCCCAAAUCUGUUACAGGUGUUUCGGUUAAAGGGCGAAGCUGCACUGGCUGUGCGUCCGGCAUUGCCGAUUGAAGGAGUGGCCGUUAUUCUUGGUAAAAAACUAGCAGGUGAUCGGGUUUGGUCUGAUAUUUCGCCGUCUGUGGCGGUGGAGCAAAAACUUUCGUUAGAUCAGGACCUGGAUGAAAGCAAGCGGGAUUUUCCUGAAGUUUUUACUGCUUGUGCAGUAACGCGCGCUAUGUCGCGCAUAAAAACUGUUGCGGAUCCUGCUACACCAUCUAGUACGGAUAUACCUUUAGAAAAGUUUUCCUUGCAUUUGUCUGUAUCUCUCAGUGAGCUGGUCUUGGAGCAACAGACGGAUUCCUCUUUAUCCGAGUUGUUUCAACUGGUUAAACCCGACACUGAGAUAGAGGAUAGUGCCAGUGGAUAUUUUCUCCAGAACUUGCUGUUGGCGUUUAUCCAGCGGUGCCAGAGGAACCCUGAGCGUUACCCGGUAGCUCAGAGCGCUAUCUGCUUCUCCUUAGCGACUCCCAGAGGAAACAGAAGAACGGCAGCCAAUAAAAAAGUAUUGAUUUUUUUAAAAUGUAGUCCUAAACCUGUGGUGAUUAUAGAGCCUGAUACACAGGUGUUCAGAGGAGAGAGAGUGACUUUCAGGUGUGACAUACAGAGAGGAGGAGACACUGAGUGGACACACAGCUGGAAUAAGAAUGAUCACACACUCUACUCAGACAGAACAACACAGGAGUUUGACUCAGUUAGAAAUGAUGCCAGUGUUAAAUACACCUGCAGAGGGAGGAGAAGUGACUCUCAGAGAACAAAAGAUAAAAGAAGCUCUGAUACCUUCAUCAUUUCAUCAACAGAAAAACCCAAACCGACUGUGAGUGUGAAUCCUCAGAGCUCCGUCUACACUGGAGACAGAGUUACUCUGAGCUGUAAUCUGCAGUCUACUGGAUGGAAGUUUUUCUGGUACAAAAAUGAUCAGAAAUCAAAUCCGUUGUCCCCUGAGGCAACCGACACCAACACACUCAGUGUGACUGUCUCUAAUGAAGGACAAAUAAAUUACUACUGUAAAGCACGCAGGGGAAACUACGACUCAGAGUUCAGUGAUCCAGCCACGAUUACAGUGAGAGUGAGACCAAAGCCUGUAGUGAAAGUACAGGCAGCUGAGCCUGUGUUCAUUGGGGAAACCGUCAUUUUCUCAUGUGAGAUACAGACUGGAGGAUCCUGGCAGUAUCACUGGUAUAGAGAUAAUAAAGAAGUCAAAGAUACUGCAGGAAAUAAUCAAUACACAAUCUCUGAUGUUAAAGCCUCUGAUAAAGGUGAUUAUACAUGUAAAGGAACAAAGUCAUCAGACCCAAAAUACACACAGACCAGUGAUGCUGUUACACUGACUGUAUCAGAAAAACCUAAACCUGAACUCACAUCAGUCCUUAAAGGAGCUGCGCUGACAGGAAACUCAGUGACUCUGUCCUGUACACUGCAGCUGCAGUCUGCUGGAUGGAAGUUUUACUGGAACAAAGACACACAGAGCACUGAGACUGAGACUGAAACACACUCCUACACCAUCAGCUCAGUUAGAGUCUCUGAUGGAGGUCAGUACAAGUGCAGAGCUGGAAGAGGAAACCCAGUCUACUACACACACUACAGUGAUGCACUCUGGGUAAAAGUUACUGAGAGUCCUAAACCUGUGGUGAUUAUAGAGCCUGAUACACAGGUGUUCAGAGGAGAGAGAGUGACUUUCAGGUGUGACAUACAGAGAGGAGGAGACACUGAGUGGACAUACAGCUGGAAUAAGAAUGAUUACACACUCUACUCAGACAGAACAACACAGGAGUUCAGCAUCAGCUCAGUUAGAGACUCUGACGGUGGUAAAUACACCUGCAGAGGGAGGAGAAGUGACUCUCAGAGCUCAGAGAUCAGUGAUCCUGUUACACUAUCUGUAUCAGAAAAACCUAAACCUGAACUCACAUCAGACCGUAAAGGAGAUGUACUGACAGGAAACUCAGUGACUCUGAACUGUACACUGCAGCUGCAGUCUGCUGGAUGGAAGUUUUACUGGAUCAAACCCACACAGAGCACUGAGACUGAGACUGAAACACACUCCUACACCAUCAGAUCAUUUACAGUCUCUGAUGGAGGUCAGUACAAGUGCAGAGCUGGAAGAGGAAACCCAGUCUACUACACACACUACAGUGAUGCACUCUGGGUAAACAUUAUUGAGAGUCCUAAACCUGUGGUGUCUAUAAAGCCUGAUACACAGGUGUUCAGAGGAGAGACUGUGACUUUCAGGUGUGACAUACAGGAAGGAAGAGGCACUGAGUGGACAUACGACUGGUAUAGGGACGAUUCCACAUUCUACCCAUCCCACACAACACAGGAGUUCAGCAUCUCUGUUGAAAAUUAUCACGGUGGUAAAUACACCUGCAGAGGGAGGAGAAGUGACUCUCAGAUUUCAAAGACGAGUGAUCCUGUUACACUCUCUGUAUCAGAAAAACCUAAACCUGAACUCACAUCAGACCUUAAAGGAGCUGCACUGACAGGAAACUCAGUGACUCUGAACUGUACACUGAAGCUGCAGUCUGCUGGAUGGAAGUUUUACUGGAACAAAGACACACAGCGCCGUCAGACUGAGACUGAAACACACUCCUACACCAUCAGCUCAGUUAGAGUCUCUGAUGGAGGUCAGUACAAGUGCAGAGCUGGAAGAGGAAACCCAGUCUACUACACACACUACAGUGAUGCACUCUGGGUAAAUGUUAUUGAGAGUCCUAAACCUGUGGUGUCUAUAAAGCCUGAUACACAGGUGUUCAGAGGAGAGAGAGUGACUUUCAGGUGUGACAUACAGGAAGGAAGAGGCACUGAGUGGACAUACGACUGGUAUAGGGACAAUUCCACAUUCUACCCAUCCCACACAACACAGGAGUUCAUCAUCUCUGUUAGAAAUUAUCACGGUGGUAAAUACACCUGCAGAGGGAGGAGAAGUGACUCUCAGAUCUCAGAGAUGAGUGAUCCUGUUACACUCUCUGUAUCAGGUGGAUCUCCUCCAGUGUCUCUGAUCAUCAGUCCCAGCAGAACUCAACACUUUACUGCUGACUCUCUCUCACUGAGCUGUGAGGACCAGAGUGACUCUACUGGAUGGACAGUGAGAGGAUACACACACAAUGAGACACUGUUCGAUUGUUCAUCAGUUUCAGGAUCUACAUGUAACAUCAGCUCCCUCUCUACAUCACACACUGGAGUUUACUGGUGUCAGUCUGAAUCUGGAGGACGCAGUAAUUCUGUUAUCAUCACAGUGCACAAUGGUGAUUUGAUCCUGGAGAGUCCUGUCCAUCCUGUAACUGAGGGAAAUCCUCUGACUUUACGCUGUUUAAAUCGCUCAAAGAUCUCAGAUUCUGGUGCUGAUUUCUAUAAAAAUGAUUCCAUCCUCCAGUCCCAGACUACAGGAGAGAUGACCAUCAGUAGUGUAUCAGAGUCAGAUGAAGGUUUCUACCACUGUAAACACCCAGAAAGAGGAGAGUCACCGAAAAGCUGGGUUUCAGUCAGAGUUUCAGCUUCUGGAUCCACUGGUGUAAUUAUAGGACUGAGUUCGGCCUUCGUGUUUGUCAUCUUAAUGAUCUUACUGAUUCCUCUGUUGCACUACAAGAAGAAAAGAGGUGUAGAACAUCAGACUCCUUCUGCUGUAAAUCAGGACACCAAUCAGCCUGCAGAUGGUGAUAACAUCUACGAAAAUACUAAUAUGAGAACCACAGAUGAUUCUGCAGCUGAAGCCAGCAAUAUGCUCUACUCAGAGGUUGUCACUAGGAAGAAGAAACAAAAGGAUGAUUCUGCAGCUGAAGCCAGCAAUAUGCUCUACUCAGAGGUUGUCACUAGGAAGAAGAAACAAAAGGAUGCUGCCGCUGGACCGAGUGAUGUGACUUAUGCUGACAUUGAACUGAAAAACCAAAAGAAACCAAAGAGAAAACAAGGAAAGAGCAGUGAGGCAGCUGACACUGUUUACUCAGAACUGAAGCAGAACACAGAUAAAGGUCCAUGAAGAAAGUCUAAAGUCUCCAAUCAAGAAUUGUUGAAACGGCCAAAGAACAUUGUAAAUAUACAUUUUAUGGAGGACACUGUAGUUUCUGGAAAGCUUGUUUUUUGCUUAAUUCAAAUCUAAGCAUUGUACAAACUCCUGAUAGGGAUGUUAAAGGAACAGGAAGCUGAAUGUAUUUAAAAUUAUACCUUCUAUCUUUCACAAUGGGCUGGAAUUGGCUUUAUCCAGGUUAAAUUUAGUUGCCAGUUUUCAUUCACUGCAUCAGUAUAACUAAGCUGGCAGUGUUGAUUACUAAGUGUUCACUGGUAUAUUUUAAUACUGAUCUCAAUUACAAAAAAAAAAACAAGUAUAUUAUUGUUUCACAUUUAACAUUCCGCAUUUAAUUUGUUGUACAUUAUUUUAUUCAAGUAUUUUGUGUUGUACAUUAUUUUAUUCAUGUAUUUUGUGUUUAUUUACUCAUUUAUGCUAUUUACCUAUUAAUGGAUUGUAAAAGGGAAAAAAAAAUCCAGCAUUGGAUUUUAGAGUUUAGGAAUAAUCAGAUAUUUUGUCUUCACUGCUUUAAACAGUCAGUAAUGCUGUAUUGUUCUUGAGGGAGCAGCUCAUGGACUUUUCGCACAUAGACUGAUAUUGUGCCUUUUUUUUUUUUAAUCUUUUAAAAUCUUUUUCGAGUUUAGUGCCUAUAUAAUAUGUACAUUUCUAUUUUUUAUAAUUAUAUAUUUUUUCAGUAUACAAAUACAAGUAUCAAUAAAGUAAUAAAUUUCAUCAUUUUGAGUUAGAUAAUGUACUUUCUUUGGUUUUCCUCUGGUUUAUUGCCUUCCAUAUCCACCAGGAUGUUACAGGAGCAAAAGAAAUAUAAGGCUGUGUACAUGCUGUGUGAAGAGCUUUGAAUAAUAAUUAUCCUCAGCAAUAUCUUAUUAUGGUAUAUCUAUGCUUGAAUUUUGUACCUUUCAUUGUAUUGUUCCUUUCAUUAUAUUCUCAUGUAUUUUUAUAAGUAUUAUAUUCCAAAUUAUAUAAUUAAUUUAAGCAGUACAUAAAAAUGAAUUUAAAGUUUGUAUUUUUUUAAGCAUGAUGC